AUGAGUCGUUAUCGUGUGGCAGAAAACGUCAAGAAAUUAAGUGGGAUAUUUCUCUUAUUUGAAUCAUUACUUCUUCCUCUUCUUCUUCUUCUUCUUUCUCAUCAAAAUACACUCACACAAGUAGCACAAAACAAUGGGUGUUCUUGACCAUAUAUCUGAUAUGUUUGAUUGCUCUUCUCAACACUCCAAGCACAAAAGACGCAAACAAUUACAGACAGUGGAGAUAAAAGUGAAGAUGGACUGUGAAGGCUGUGAGAGGAAAGUGCGAAGGUCUGUUGAGGGAAUGAAAGGAGUUUCGUCCGUGACAAUAGAGCCUAAACAGCACAAGCUCACAGUAGUAGGCUAUGUGGAUCCAGAGAAAGUUGUGGCUCGUGUAGCCCAUCGCACAGGUAAGAAGGCAGAGAUUUGGCCCUAUGUCCCAUACGAUGUCGUUGCUCAUCCCUAUGCACAGGGUGUUUAUGAUAAGAAGGCUCCUGCUGGAUACGUGCGAAGAGAUGAUUUCCAAACUAACCAGCUUGCUCGUGCCAGUUCUACUGAAGUUCGCUAUACUACUGCCUUUAGCGACGAGAAUCCUGCAGCCUGUGUGGUCAUGUGAACUAAAAUACUGCUGCUGCUAUGAAUACUAUAUUAUGAAUCUUGUACCAUAGUACAUUAGUACUCUGUUAUUGUUAAAUUUGUAUUGGUUUGUGGUGUUGAUUCCUCCUUUUAAGUUUUGAUCAUAGUGCUAUUUUCUGUUGAAGCUAAAAGUUUUAUCAUGAUUGUACGUACUGUAUUGUUAAAUCGAUGAGUAUUCUGUUCUUGAAA